AUGAAUAAAUUAUUUUUAUUGUUUGUGAUCGCUGUUUACAGCGUCAAUGCAUACACACUUGAAGGAGCAAGCAGGAUUAUAGGAGGAACAUCCAGAAGUAACAUUAAUUAUGUGAUAUCACUACAAGAGAAACAAUCAACACAAACCUACGAAAGAGGUCACAAAUGUGGAGGUGUAUUAAUUACUCGACAGAAUGCAUUGACAGCUGCUUCUUGCGUUCUCAAUAACAAUGGACAGCUGAUCAACGUAACCAACUUCAGAGUUUUCGCUGGGACAGUUCUUACAAAUGAUAAUGCAGAUAACGUUCGCGACAUAGCAAGUAUAACUGUCCACCCGGAAUAUAACAGGCAGACUUUUGUCAACGACAUUGCUGUUAUUACUUUACAAGCUGCUUUCCCGGAAGCAAUAAACCCCUUGCCAAUGCCGACUGCUGCAUUAUCUUAUCCUUUGAUGCAGCCGUGUGAGUCUACCGGUUUUGGAGGUCAUAAUGUAACAGCCACUGCAAGUGCGCAAUUGACAACAUUAUCAGUGGCUGUGUUGGCAAGUCAACUCUGCAACCCACUAGUGCCACAGAUGACAAUUGUACCAACAAUGGUCUGCGGGACUUCGGGUGGUGGUGGAUGUGAGGGUGAUAUAGGAAACCCAUUAGUGUGCAACCCACAGAGCACUCCGGUUCUCGAGGGCUUACUCACUAGAAGCAACAAUUGUGGGGUUAAUCUAGGCGUCCCAGAAGUGUAUACUCAAGUCUUCCCAUUCGCAUCAUGGGUGAAUGAAGUACUCUCUCCUACACCCUCUUCGUCUACACCUGCUUCUUCUACAACUACUACACCUGCUCCGGGAGCGGCAUCUACGUCACAACUCGGAACUUCUGUAGCACUCAUGUUUGUAAUCAUCCAAUACUUCAAAAUCUUUAACUAA